AUGGAUAAGGUGACCCAGUCGUCGCUUCUGCCGAUCCACCAACCGUGUUCGCCAGAUAAUCACAUUCAUCCGACCGACCUACGCACGUCACCUGGUAACGUCGACUGUUACGCUUCUGAAAACGACCAUCCGCUCGCGCUGUGUUUGCCCAACUCGCAGACGUUGGUGCAGGCCUCCAGGACUCCGCCUCCACCUUGGAGCGUGCCUACGAAGAAGGGCACCCCCGGCCUAAUAUGCGUCGUAUGUGGCGACACCAGUUCCGGUAAACAUUACGGCAUACUGGCCUGUAACGGGUGCUCCGGAUUUUUCAAGAGAUCGGUCAGAAGAAAAUUGAUCUAUCGAUGUCAGGCGGGCACCGGACGUUGCAUAGUCGACAAAGCACACCGAAACCAGUGCCAGGCGUGCAGGCUUAAAAAAUGCCUGGCCAUGGGCAUGAACAAAGACGUUAUAUUACUUGCUGUACAAAAUGAGAGGCAACCGAGAAACACCGCUACCAUCCGACCGGAAGCCUUAAGGGACAUGAGCGCAGAACAGGAAAGGGCACUGCGGGAGGCUGCCGUGGCAGUGGGAGUUUUUGGCCCACCUGUGUCAUUAACGAUGGCUCUAUCACCGGCAAGGUACGGCCACAGUUUGCUGCCCCCCAUGCAGCAGCCUGCCCUACCCCCUACCAGGGAGCCGAGUCCGAAGGAUAACAGCGACAACGAUGAAGAAAGUAUAGACGUGACUAACGAAGAGGACGACACGCCCUCGUCAGGAUGCGGGGUGUCCUCUAGUAGCGGCCCGGUGAGGCCGGAACCGCAACCCGCAAACCUGGCAAGCUUGUACCCUGCCGCCCACGAAACCAUAUACGAAACGUCUGCCAGACUUCUAUUCAUGGCCGUCAAGUGGGCUAAAAACUUGCCCAGUUUCGCGAGUUUGCCCUUUCGAGAUCAGGUAAUCCUGCUUGAAGAGGCGUGGAGCGAAUUAUUUCUGCUAAACGCCAUCCAAUGGUGCAUGCCUCUCGACGUUAACGCUAGUCCGCUGUUCAACCCCAACGAGCACACCAAAAACGGAACCUCUGUCUCCGAAAUCAGACUUCUCACGGAUACCCUGAUUCGCUACAAGUCGGUGCACGUGGAUCCGGCCGAAUUCGCUUGUUUGAAAGCUAUCGUUUUGUUCCGAGCCGAAACCAAAGGCCUGAAGGACCCCAGCCAGAUCGAAAACCUACAGGAUCAGGCCCAGGUAAUGCUUUGGCAACAUUGCAGAACCCAACUCCCUGGCCAGGUCGCCAGAUUCGGUAGACUGCUGCUGAUGCUACCUCUGCUCCGACUCGUGCCAGCCUGCAGGAUAGAAGCGGUUUUCUUUCACAAAACAAUAGGGAACACGCCCAUGGAGAAAGUGCUGUGCGACAUGUACAAAAAUUAGACAGGCGCGACGUUCUGUGUCGUCUUAAUGGGCCAAAUCUGGGAUCCAAUAAAGCACGUACCUAGCAAAAAUAGGUAAUUUGAUAAAUAAUGAUGCACCGAAUUUUAAUAAAUGCUCGAGAAAAAGAAAUAAAGCUGGCUGCGUGUGUUCGAAAGUUUUCGAAAUGAUCACAACUAAUCUUCGGGCAUUGAAGUGAAAAUCGCAAACCUGGAAGUUUCCAAGUUGACAUUUGUUGGCCCAAUAACCCUGAGAGUUCUGCCCAUAGCAGUAAAUACAAAAAAAGGUUUCAUAUUGUUUGAGUUUUUAUUUUAUAUUUUUUUACGUUUAAACUGAUCGAAAUAUAUCGACUUGCACUGCAACAGGUUUCUACGAAUUAGUAUUUGAAUACGGUUGUUUAAAAAGCGUAAAUGAAUGUAACUGGUGUAAAAAAAAGUAGAAUGUGUAGUUUAGAGUAAAUGUACCAUUUGUAUAUAACGUGAUGUCCUCAA